GCCGCUGCCGGCCGCAGUCGCAGAGAGCGCCCGGCUCGCCCGCUCAGGGCGUGGACGGAAAACAAGCCACGAAAGUGCUUUUGAGGUUCUUGGCACGGUGGCUACUUCCUACGAUUAAUACAGUGCAGGAUGUGAAUGAUGGCCAUGAGUGUAUGGCGCCGUGUGAUGUGAAUGGAUAAGGUGAAAGCAGCAGUCUACAAAGAAGCAAUCAUGGAAAAGGCGCAGAAUGACAUAAGGUUAGCCACCAAAAUCAUUGGCUUGGUGACUGCUCGAAUACAAGGCCUCCGAAAGAAAAAGCCGGACUUACAGGUGAAAUUUUGUGUCUUAGGUGAUGCACUGCAAAACUAUGCUUUCGACACAUUUAUCCUUAGAGUGAACUGGAAUAAAAGUGGGAUACAGAACAAAAAUAUUUACUUAUGCGUGACUCCAAAACAAAAUUUUCAGAGCACGGAGAAUUUGACAGACUCAGAGGCUGAUGUUAUCAAAAUCUUGCAGAUAUCCUUCUCACUUUACGAACAAUUCCAAGAUAUCUCAAAAAUCCAAUUUGAUACGAAACUCAGCCAGAUCGUAGAGGGUGUUGGUGCUAGUAAUUUCUCUCUGGUAUUGUAUACGACGUCUAACAUACGAUCAGAAUAUAGAGUCCAAGUUCCAGCGAAUAAUUGUCCUAUUAUAGGAACAUUCGAAACUAAGAAAAAUGGUGGUUUCUGUCUAAGUGCACAACACGAUGUCGUAAAAAAUGCAUUCCCCGGAAGAGAUCAGUUCUUACUCUGCAAUUUUCUUUCAAGUACGGUGUUCCAGGAUGCAAGAAUUGAGGCUCCAGACGUAACCAAAUUGUUGAAGAACUCUUUGCAAGAUAACCUCUGGGCUCUGAGAGACUGGCCUCACGGGAACACUACUAUGGAAAAGUAUUUGCGUCAUAUUGAAGAGAUGUGGAGCUCUAGAACUAUUCUACAGGGUGAUUCAACCAAGCUGCAUGACAUCGUGAGACGCCUCAUCAACGCACAGCACCUCGUCGUUCCGACCGAUCAUUUGGCGGCCAUGGAGCAGCGCUUCAAAAAUCACGACCUGACUUACGUCAUAGUUCCUGAUGUCCCACCGGUUCUCAGAUGUUCGCGAGUAAAACAAGUUCUAGAGAGGUGCUGCCUCAAGUUCUUAAUUUUAAGCCCCCAAACCCUGAAGGAAUGGCGGGACGAUGUUUUGCAAACAAUCUGUCAAUCUCCUGCGCUGUGUGAAGAAUUAGUGCUAAGCGUUGUCUCACUUGACAGUGAUAUGAAAACGUUUCUGCAAUGCGUUCGUGGGUCGGGAUGUCGUGUUAGAGUAGUGGCGCCGACUUGGAAAAAAGAAACUCACGAGUUCCUGCAGUCACUUCUCCCAUCUUAUUCUUCGUGGGUGGACAAGUGGUCGAAUACAGAGAGAGGAAGGCUGCCUGCGCUGCCGCUGCGCCGUCUGCCGGGCGGGUGUGGCGCGCACGGCGCCCUCUACGAGACCAAGAUGGCGGCGCUGGUGGCGCUGCGCGCGCGGCGGCGCGGUCUGCGCUUCCAGCUGCACGUGAACGUGGCGGCCGUGCGCCCCUGGGACGACCUGGUGCUGCGCGUGGAGGGCCCCGGGCCCCCCGCCACGUGGCUGGUGCAGCUGAAGCACGCCAUGGACGACGGGUGCCUCGUGUCGCUGCAGGCUUUCACCCGACCCGGAAAAGGAGAUUACACAAUCAGCAAAUACUAUCAACAAUUCCAAGAAUUCUACCAAAAAUACGCGAAUCGAGAGGAGCUGUCAGAUAACGAUGACUGGCUGCUGUGCAGCUGGAAACUCGAAGACCUUCGCUACGUCAUCUUCACGAACAAGAAGGUGGAGCAACCGCCCAGUCCGGCGCGAGCGACGGGCGGCCCCGCCUUCCCCCUCGACGACCUCUUGCAGACGGGGGACGGAGAGAACACGUUCUCCUUCCAGGUCGUGGAUGCGGUAGGGGCUCGUGGCUCUCUCCUUCGC